UGAAUGGCAGUGAAGUGACGCAACUGACGCUGAGCAUCAGACACGUAGACACAACAACCUCCAGUGGCAGUGUGGAUGCAGACUGAUGCCAGCUGAAGGCAACGGCAGAAUGAAGCGGCUGAUAUUGGGGGCAUGUGUGAGGACACAGAUGUCUGGAAAUGCCACUGUUGCUCAGCGCCUCCAUAUCGGACUCCAGCAGUUAGAGGCCAUAUCCUCCUCCACACGUGCCUUUCUCGGCCCCAACAAACGGCUGAAGUUCAUCCAGGAUGAAGACGCCGGGGAUGCGGUGUUGGUCGGCACCUGUCCACGUUUUCUUGAGCAUAUGGAGUUAGACGGCUCGAUCGGACAACUGCUACACGAGACGGUACGGGCCCAGCAGAAGGUCUUCCACUCUGGGACAGGCGCGCUGAUGUUUCUGGCUGGAGUCUGGAGUCGAAUUGCACUGGAGUGUCUCAACAGAGGAAUAAGUGUGUCGGACAUCAAAACAGCCAUGAGCAAAGGACUGGAGGUGUGUUUGGAGGCGUGCAAACAAUCGGCUGUAAGCGUGCAGGAAGUGUCCUGCGAGAGACUAAAGGAGCACAAACCCAGUCCAGCUCUUAAAUCUGAGCUUCAGGACCUUCAUAAUCUCAGGUUGACCACCCUCAAACACAGCAGGCACUUUAGCUCACAUGAUGCAAAAGCUGAAAACACAAAACCAGCUCUGAAUGACGUAACGGGCAUAGCGGAAGCCGUCAGCCACGGAUGCCAAGCCUCCAUGCGUUUAGUUUUAAAAGCUUGCAAGUUGCAAUCCAAAACCAGUGCACAGAACAGAUUUUUGGAUAUCCAAAAACUGGUUACAUGCUCCAUACCAGGCCCGUCCGAGGAGCAUUCACACGUGUUACACGGGUACGUCACGCUGCUAUCAGUCGAACAGGCCUCGGUGGUUCAGCGCCUUCAGGGUCAGGCGUUAAAUAUCGCUUUGGUGAACGGUGACUUGUGCGAGAAAUAUCGCCACGUGGGCUUCAACAGGCCUGCGAAUGUCACGCACAUCACAGAUCGUGCUAACAUGCCAAGUGUGAGUCUGGAAGAGCGUUGGAUUGAGAAUGCAUUAAAAACACUGCAUGAGUUCAGCAUAGGUGUUGUGCUUGUAAGCGGUGUGGUUGAUGUGAAGCUCAAAGAGCGCUGCUCAAGCGUACUGGUUAUUGAAGGUGUUAAAAGCACCGUUUUGAAGGACUUCAGCACAUGCACAGGGGCCGUCCCAGUUUCGUACAUCACUCAGCUCGACAGGCGCUGCGUGGGCCGAGGAGUGAAAGUCAGUCGAUGUGGGGAAAAUGAGUCCGUUAGCAUUGCGACUGCGAGCACGUCUCUGGUCACUGCGGUCAUAACCAGCUCUGUUCCUGCUAAACUACAAAUCUUGGAGGAUGAAUUCUGGAGCUGUGCUCACCGGCUGCACCAGGCGCUCACAGAUGGGAAGAUGCUACGUGGUGCAGGAGCCACUGAACUCCUCUGCAUCCACCAGCUACAGCAAUACAAACGGAGAGAGACGGAAAACCCGCAGGAAAAUGUGGUGCUGGAGCUGAUGGCCGAAGCCUGGAUGGACUACGUCUCCACUUUGAUGCUGAACAGCGGGUCGGUGGCGUCUAAAGCAGAGGCUUGGACUGCUGUUGCACAUCAGAUGAGACUUUAUAAAGAUGGAGAACCCAUAUUACAAGUUUUUAGGGACACAGAUGGGGUUGGUGUGUAUGAUAACGUGACAGUGAAGACUGAGGCCUGGAGAAGAGCUCUGGAUCUGGUGUUUCUAGUGCUUCAGUCUGACACAGAGAUCAUUACAGGUGUCAGUGAAGGAGAACAUGUUUACAAUAAGCUCAUGUAUCUUUGACAUCUGCAACAUAUUUAAUAGCUUUUUGUCUGUAUAAUAAUUAUUAUUAUUUUUUUAUGUCAGAAUGGAGUUGAAACCAAAUAACUUUUUCUAAGUAGCCCAACACCUGAAAAUGUUUUGUAAAAAUGUGCUACGAUAAUGACAAUAUGUGUGCAGUUCUAAUGGAAAAGUAAAAUAGAAUACAACAUGGAA